AUUUUUGUAUUGCGGUACUCACAGUGCUGUACAUCAGAUCUGACUCACGCUCGCUCCUUUGCCCGCUGCACCUCGCAUGCGACCAUUCCUUCGACUCUGUGUGUGCUACAGCAAAAGUUUGCCCCUCAAGACACCCAGAUUCGCAUAUCCCACCCUCGGAACCCAGACAUUCCGACGAAACUGCUCAGCAAUGGGGAAGGACAAGGACAAGAAGCAAGAGUUGAUUAAGAACCCAAAGGGAACGAGGGACUGGUCUGGUGAAGAUGUCGACCUGCUGGAAGAUAUCCUUGCCCAGAUCUCUAGAGUCUUCCGCCGCCACGCUGGCAAGAAACUCGAUACCCCAGUUUUUGAGCGAGAAGAGGUGCUCAAGGGUAAAUAUGGCGAAGACUCGAAGCUGAUAUACGACCUCAAGGAUCAAGGCGGAGAGUUACUAUCUCUGCGAUAUGACUUGACGGUCCCCUUUGCCCGGUGGCUGGCUAUGAAUGCAAACAUCAAGAACUACAAGCGAUUUGCGAUUAGCAAAGUCUACCGAAGAGAUCAACCUGCAGUUGCCAAGGGUCGUAUGCGGGAGUUCUACCAAUGUGACAUCGAUUUUGCAGGAGCGAGUGACCCAAUGAUGGCUGACAGCGAAGUCAUCGCAAUCAUUGUGGAGGUGUUUGAGUCCCUCGAAUGGACUGGUCGAUACACCAUCAAAAUCAACGACAGGAGAAUCCUCGACGGCCUAUUUGAAGUGUGUGGUGUGCCGGCGGAGAAGAUCAGAAUGAUUUCCAGCGCGGUUGACAAGCUCGAUAAGUUGCCUUGGGAUGAGGUCAAGAAAGAGAUGGUCGAGACCAAAGGGCUUGAUGAAGCAGUGGCAGACAAAAUCAAGACUUAUGUCACGAGGAAAGGUGGCAAAGAUCUGCUAGAGGAAUUGAAGAAGGAUGAGGCCAUGAUGGCCAACGCCAAAGCGAAGCAAGGCAUAGAAGAGAUGGACGCCCUGAUGGCCUAUCUGGAUGCAUGGGGUGCGCUUGACAAGCUUUCCUUUGACCUGUCCUUGGCUCGUGGGCUCGAUUACUACACCGGUGUGAUAUAUGAGGUUGUGACUGAGGGGUCUGCGCCCGUGAUUGCCGACGGUAGCGCCGUGGCUCAAGAAACUCAAAAGCAAGGCAAGAAGGAGAAGAAGGUGCUUGACGAGGAUGAAGAUCGCUCUAAUGAUCCAUCUGUCGGUAUCGGGUCCGUUGCUGCUGGUGGUCGGUAUGACCAUCUCGUCGAACGCUUUAGACCCAACGCAGACAUCCCUUGUGUUGGCAUCAGUUUCGGUGUUGACAGGAUAUUCAGCAUAACCAAAGCGAGGAUAGCUAAAGGUGAAAAAUUCAGCUAUGUCUCUUCCAACGCACCUGAUGUGUAUGUGAUGGCGUUUGGUGGCGGCGGUUUCAGCGGCAUGCCGAAGGAACGAAUUCAGAUCACCAAGCUCUUAUUGGAUGCUGGACUGAAGGUCGAGUUCACAUACAAGAAGAAACCGAAGCCGCAAGUUCAAUUCAAGAACGCCGAGACAGCAGGCGCCCCCUUCGCAGUGAUUCUCGGUGAGGACGAGCAAGCGAAGGGAGAGGUGCGGGUCAAGGAGAUGGGACUGCCUGAUGGUCAUCCUGAGAAGGAAGGAGUGCUCGUCAAAAUAUCAGACCUAGGGGCCGAAGUAUCCAGGCGUGUGGAUGCGAAGAAGAUGCUUUCUAAGACUGGGAACUUGACCGUGAGCUAGGCCGAGGGAUCUGGAAAGCGAACACUUCACGUGGCACCUGCAGGACAUGCCGACUGUUUGACCUGUGGUCGGAAAGUGCAGGCACAGAGCUAAAAGAAAUGACCAGCGUGUUAUUGGAGGCCAAGAGAUCUUACGUUGCAGAAGCAUUUGAAAGGGCUUCCACGAUGGCCGGUGCCGGUGUCGUUGGGAGUCCCUGAUAAGGUCCGUCUCUGACACGGAACAACGUCUCCAGGAGGAAGACAUGCUCUCCAGCAACCUCCCGGCUCGCGAAAUAGGUCCAGGGCCGGGCAAACCAAAUAGCCCAUGUACUCCGUAGAACCGCGGGUAACAAGUGUCCCGAUGGAGAUGCCAUGGUCUGGACAGAUCUAAUCUCCCUCCAAACAGACAAGAACGACGGAUCC